AUGGCCACCAAUGGGACUCAGGAGCAGCAGGGCUUCCCUUUGAGCUUUGUCGAAAUCGAAGGUCUGGUCAAAUCGCUGUACGAUCCAGGACACGCAAAGAAGAUCUCCCAGACAGAAGCAACGCUACGAAUCUUGCAGCGGUCGCCCCAGGGAUGGGAGAUUGCAGACACCCUCCUGAAAAGCGACGAUGAACAGGUCCGGUUCUUUGGGGCCCUCACAUUGACUGUGAAGCUCAAUGCUGACUCCAACGAACUGAGCGAAGAGCAUUCUGCACAGUUGCUCUCUACACUUAUUCACCAUCUAGUUUCGCGGCCAUCAUCCUCAAUAGCGACGCGUAAAGUCAGCUCAACAUUGGCUCAGUACUUCACCAAGCCUAUCUCAAUAUGGAGCCUAUGCCUCAGAAGUCUAGUCGUAUCAUUCGCGGCGCAACAACCUGCGUUGGACGAUGCCCUGGAAGGUCACCCUUCAACGUGGGACCUGCUGCCUCAGCUAUCUGAUGAUCAACUGCUUGUCCUCCUAGAUUUCGCUAUGAAUCUGGCAGACGAAGCAAAGAAGCUCUCAGCGAGUCCGAAUCGCAAAGUGCAUCACGAGAUGAUCGCCAAUGCAGAAAGCUUAGAGGCGCUUCUCCAUGCUUCGUUCGGACGCGGGUUCAAAUACUUGUCCGUACCGAUCAACGACCCCAGCUACAACGAGUCAGUGCAGCAGGGCGAGAAGAUCUGUGUAGCUGCUUCAAAAUGCUUUAUUGGCUGGAUCUUCUAUGCGCAAUCCGAGUUCAAGCAUGUGCCUGAGAAGCUCCACUACCUGCGAUCGGUCACUGAGCUCGCCUUAACCUGCCUUGAGUAUCACGUCGAAGAUGCCAUGGAUCUCGUUGCUGAGGUCCUGGAGAACUACCCUUCUUUCUUCGAGGCAAAGCACCAAGAGAUGCUAUGGUCAGCGAUUGCGGGCCCGUGGGGUUUGGAGAUUCUGAGAGACCUAGAUGCCGAAACAGUCUCGCUCGCCAGGAUCAUUGUAGCAUACGGACAGAUCCUGCUGGAUUCGAAGAGUCUGUACAAAGAACACGAAACAGCGCACAACCAACAAGUCAUGUCGUUCCUGCACGACCUCCUGAAAUACUCAGAGAUCGUAGGCGUGGACGAUGAAGUGGCGCCGGUCGUACUUGACUUCUGGAGUGGCUUCGUUAGCGCAAUCGCCGAAGAAUCGUUCGAAUACGCGGAAGGAUCGUCAUUGCCCUCUUGGAUGGAUGCCGCAAAGUCCAAUGUGUUCCAGGGAAUCUCUGAGCUCGCGCAGAAGAUCAUCUACCCCCCACCUAGCGUGACAAAGGAAUGGGACUCGGAUACAAAGAAGACCUUCAAAGUCUUCCGUAUCGACGUACGAGACAUCAUCAUGGAAGCUUACGAGUCGCUCCGUGAUGCAAUGACGGAUCAAUUUAUCGACUUCACCUUGUGCGCACUUGCGACAGGCAACUGGCUGGAGCUCGAAGCCGGCCUCUUCUGUUUGAUUUCGAUCGCAGAUGCCUUCAAUGAGAAAGUCGACGAGCGUCUCAAUCGUCUCUUCGAGCAGCCUCUAUUCUCGGCCAUGUCUGGCGAUGCAGAUAUACCUGCCAUUACCCGGAGGUCUGCUGUGGAGUUAGUCGCAGCUCUCAACCAGUUCUUCCUGCGCAAACCGCGCUUUUUACCUCAAGUAUUACCUUUCCUGCUCAAAGCAUUGGCUCAGCCCGCACUCGCUCACAGCGCAGCCAAGUCGUUUGCGUCCCUGUGCUCCGAAUGUAGGAAAUCGCUCACAGGCGAGCUCGACUCAUUCUUCCAGAUGUAUGAGCAAUUUCUUACAUAUCAGACUGCGGAAGAGUUCACGAAGAGCAAGGUCCUCGAAGGUAUCGCUGCAAUUGUCCAGUCAGCGGACUCUGAAGAGAAGCAGCUUAUUGGUGUUAGGCAGCUCUUCGGUUACAUUGCACAAGACGCAAUGGGCGCAAUCAAGGCCAUAAAAGAAGGCAAUGACCCAGAACAGGGGCAAGUGCUUGCGUUGACAACUCUGAAAUGUUUGUCAAGCAUCGGUCGCGCACUACAAGCUCUUGACGAAGAGGUUGUAGAUCUCGAAGCGGACUCAAAACUGGAAACUUCAACAUUCUGGUCAGAAGGACCUGGCAAAGAGAUCCAGAACCAGGUCAUCAACAUGAUCAACUACAUGACACAAGUCUUCCCGAGAAACGACGAGAUUAUCGAAUCGGCCUGCAAUGUCUUGCGCACUGGCUUCAAGGAGUCCAUUCCCGGUCCUUUCGUAUUGCCACCUUCCGCUGCCGUCGACUUCAUCACCAAGACAACGGUGCAAACGCCACGACUGCCUUUCGUCCUCGAAACAGCAUGUUGCUGGCUCUCAUCUCACAAGCACAAGCGACCUGCCGAUUUCGCCAUACAGGCGCAACGCCUGCUACAGCACGAUCUGAGCAUCAUGCAAGCACUACAGCACCCCCGAAACGACCCGGAGAUUGCUGUUGGUUGCAUCGAGCUGAUUCAGCAGUUCGCCAACACAGACUUGCGCCUGCUCGCACAAGAACACCCAGAUACUCUGCAGGGAAUGUUUGGCUUCUGUGUCGAGUCAAUCAAGUCGCCAGAAGUACUACCCAAGCGAGCAUCCGCAAAGCUGUGGAAGGAUAUCUUUGAAUCGACCGCAAAUUCGCACGGCCAGCACCAAGGCACCUCGCAAGACAUCAUCAACCACUUUGGGCACGCAGUGACGUACGCAUUGAUCACCAAUGUCUGCGGCGAAGUCGACUACACGAGUCUGGAGCACAUCGUUGCACCACUUCGUGCACUCAUUCGAUCGGACAAAAACGCAAGGGCGUACAUCACAAGUUCUCUAGCGGAGCAGCCGCUACUUCAGCGAUUCCAGCAAGACCCAGGCGUGCAGGAACUGGUACGGAAGUUCAUCGAAAGCUCCAUGAGGAACGCGAAGAGCUCGACGGGCUUCAAAGACACCGUCAAAGGCUUUUGGCAGAGCUGCAAACAACUUCAGAUGCAGCUACAGCCCCAAAUGAUGGCUCAAGGCCACGGUCGUUUCGCAUAG